AUGCAAGAUUAGUAAUUAUUAAUUAAAGUCAUUUCGGUUGGAGACACUCAGAGUGGCAAAUCUUGUUUGAUAAAACGAUUUUGUGAAGGCAGAUUCAUCAAUAAGUAUGUCACAACAAUUGGGGUUGACUAUGGUGUUAAAAAGAUGAUGAUUUAAAAUAAGAAGGUUGCUGUAUGAAGUUUUGCAUUCAUGUUAGAUAAAUUUCUUCGAUUUAUCGGGUGAUGAGGAUUACAAGGAAAUACGAAAUCCAUUCUUCGCUGAUGCUUAAGGGGUGGUUUUGGUUUGCGAUUUAACAGACAGACAAUCAUUUCAAAAUUUACCUAAGUGGGAGAAGAUGAUGACUGAUAAUGGAUUGGAUUUGAAAUAAGCGGCAGUUUAUGUGGUGGGGAAUAAAUCGGAUUUGAAGAACAAGGAGGUUGAUAGUGGUGACAUUCUUGCUUAUGCAAAGAAGAAGGGGUUCGAAGGGAUGAUAUGCAGUGCAGCUGGAGGGGAGAAUGUGAAUGAAGUAAAUUCCGAUUAAAAUUGUAGUUAUUUGAGAGGAUGUUCGCGAAGAUUGUGGAUUAGAUUGAAAAUCUGAAAUAAAAAAUCAAAGCUUGAAUGGUG